AUGGAUGCAGAGGAGCAAAUCACAAAUGUUUUUUGGGCGGAUGCAAAGAUGGUAAUUGAUUAUGGGUUUUUUGGUGAAGUUGUAUCACUAGACACUACAUAUUGCACCAAUCGAGCUAAUAGACCUCUAGCAUUGUUUUCUGGUUUUAACCAUUAUAGAGGUGUUGUUAUCUUUGGAGCAGCCUUAUUGUAUGAUGAAACAGCUGAAUCAUUUCAAUGGUUGUUCGAGACAUUCUUGGAAGCACACAACAACAAAAAAUCUCAAACUCUUUUUACAGAUCAAGACCAAGCAAUGGCAAAGGCACUUGUCCAAGUAAUGCCUGAGACACGUCAUGCUUUAUGCACGUGGCACUUAAUGCAAAAUGGAAUAAAGCAUUUGGGAAAUUUGAUGAAAGGAGGGAGUCAUUUCUUACGAGAUUUGAAACGAUGCAUAUAUGACUUUGAUACUUCAACUGAGUUUGAGGAGGCUUGGAUAAGGUUGAUUACAGAAUACAAUGUUCAAGAACAUACUUGGAUUACUUCACUGUAUGCUAUAAAGGAGAAAUGGGCAUCAUGUUAUCUCAAGGAUUGUUUAACCCAUGGAAUGCGUAGCACUCAAUUAAGUGAAAGUUUAAAUUCUGACUUCAAGGCAUGUAUGAGACCUGGUGUUGACAUCAAGCAAUUCUUUGAACACUUUGAACGGGUGGUUGAAGACAAACGUUAUAACGAGCUCAAGUGUGAGUAUGACUCUCGUCACAAACUAGCCAUGUUGCGAUAUGAGAUAUCACCAAUACUAAUACAAAUGGCUAAGGUUUACACAAAUGUAGUGUAUAAUUUAUUUCAACAAGAGUUUGCUCAAUUCUUAGCUUGUUGCAUAUCGCAAAGGAUUGAAACUCCUCAUUUGAUUGAAUAUGUAAUUACUAAAGUCAAUCAACAAAGAUCAUGGACAGUUACAUUUGAUCGUUCCUCAACUACUAUCAAUUGCUCUUGUAAAAAAUUUGAAACAUUUGGUAUACUUUGUUGUCAUGCUUUGAAAGUGUUUGAAGCCAAUGAUGUAAAGGUUAUUCCUGACAAAUACAUACUAAAGAGAUGGACAACACAAGGACGCUGUGGUAUUAUUCACAAUGUAAAAGGAAUACCAGUGGAAGGAGAUCCUAAACUGAGUACUACACGCAGAUACCGACACCUAGCAUGUAAAAUGAUUAGGUUGGCCUCUGAGGUUUCUAGUUUAGAAGAAUAUUGUCAAUUAGUGAAUGAAAGUAUUAAUACUUUAAUCAUUCAAAUCACAAAGUUUCGCUUACAACCACAAGAUAAUGACAACAAUAACAAUGAUGGUGUUGAUAAGGUCAAUAUUCAUAGUAUACAACCUAAGGGAUUCAAGCAUAGACCUACUACCAAGAGGAAAGGGUGUAAAAGAUUCAAAAGUUGGGUUGAGCUACAAGCAAAAAAGAAGAACAAAAGUCCAACUUUAGGUCAAUCAGCAUCUCAGGAAUAUCAACCAAUGUUAGGUUCAUCAUUUCAAGUACAUUGUUCAGCACCUCCAUAUUAUGAUCCCCCUGAAACUUUCAUCCAGCAAUUAAGUUUCACAGAUUUGUUGAAGGAACAACUUGAUGAUACCAAUACUUCAAUCCUUGAUCAAAUUUGA